AUGGGUAAUGACGGUGGAAGUAUCCCAACUCGCCGUGAGCUCGUCCGUGAAGCGGCUCGGGCUCCGACCACUGCGCAAGUAAAAGAGACCCAGCGCGAGCAGCAAGAACAUUCUUGGACCACUUGUCCGAUUUCACACAAAGCGCUGGCAAGGCCUAUAGUCUCAGACUCGGUGGGAAAUCUCUACAACAAGGACGCAGUCCUCCAGUUCCUACUCCCAGGCGACGAUGGCGAGGGAAUCAGCUCAAAGGCCGACUGUGAAGAGAUCCUAUGCGGGCGCGUGAAGUCCCUUCGUGACGUUAUCGAGCUCAAGUUCGAAAUCGAUACCGAGCUUGCUGAACAUCCCUCUGGUCGUGCCCAUGCGCCCCGUGAGCGCCGGGAGGGCUGGAUCUGUCCGAUUACCGCGAAGCCGUUGGGACCAAGCGUGAAAUCAGUGUACCUGGUUCCCUGUGGACACGUUUUCGCAGAGGAGGCUAUCCGCCAACUCAAGGGUGACAAGUGCUUGCAGUGCAAUGAAUCGUACGCCGAAGAGAACAUCAUCUCGAUUCUCCCCAUCAAAGAAGACGAUAAGCAAAGACUUAUUGCACGGGGUCACAAGCUCGCUGAACAAGGACUUACCCACUCUCUCAAAAAAGCACCCGGCUCCAAGAAGCGCAAGAAGCACGCCGAGGCGGCGGCUGAUGCUGAUGCCAAAGAGGCUGUUGGCUCGGAUACUUCUAAGCCUCCCUCUGACCUCAAAGAUCGAAGCAAUACUUCCACGCCAGUCCCUCCAAAUACUUCAAGUGGCGGAAUCAAGAAUGCUGCCACUUCCUCGCUCACUGCCCGUGUAUUGGCGGAAGAGAACGAGAAGAAGAAACGCCGGAAGCUGAUGGGUCAGAGCUCGACCAUCAGCAGCUUGUACACCAAGAAGGACGGGGCCAAAGAUGGGGCCGCAAAAGGCAGCGACUUCAUGACGAGAGGGUUUUCCCUGUAA